AUGGCUAUCGUCGGUUUCGUUUCCACCGUCACGGCUGCCGCCGAUGAUACGAACCUAUGUACCCCGUCUGUCAAUCAGUACACUUGCGUUCUCACCUUCCAACCCAAGUUCGGCGACACCCCCAACCAAGGCAGAGUCGCCAUCUACUCACCUUCCUGCAACGAAUGGGGCGAGCAAGUCCUCACCAGUAACAACCCAACUUCCAUUCUGGCCUGGGGACUGAGCAUCAAGCACCCUAUCCUGUUCGUACCGGCUUUCUACCCCGGCUUGGGAUACGCUAGUCCGAAAUUCGAGUACGGAGGAAAGAUCUACGGUCCUUCGGAUUGCAGCUGUCAUGUAAACCCAGCAAAUGAUUCGCACGACUGCGUUUGCCGGUUUGAUUGUGUCCCCUUUCAGCUUGAUAGCAAGGCUAAGGUUGACGCGGAGGCGGAGGCUGAGGCUGAGGUGGCAAUGACAAUGUGA